UGUGGUAUAGAUCGGCGCUCCUCUCCUCUUACCCCGCUUCACUGGUCUCCUGUCUCUCUUCUUUUCUUUUCUUUUUGGUCUUUGAGAUCGUCGGUCUCCUUCACAACCACCAAACAAUUAUAUAUCUAAAGAAACAGAAAAGAAUUCCUUUCUUUUUAUUGUAUUCAGAUAAUCAUUGAAUGCCCAUACGGCCAUACCUCUCUUUUCUUUCUUCACUCCACCCUCCGUUUUAUCCAUCAUUGAUAAAUUCUGUAAAGACCAUUUCCGCGAUCUCUCUCUCUCUUUUUUUAAUCCUUUUAUUUUGUUGAUAAUAUUUCUUGUAUCACUUUCUGAACUAUAUAAUAAUAAUCCAUAUGUUGGGAUUUUGGUUUCUUCAAAAUUAUAAGCUUCAAUUUGGAAAGGAAAAGAAGGGACUUCUGAGGUGUGAAGAGGGAUUGGUUGUGUGAGGUUAUUGAGGGUUGUUGGGGCUGAAGAUGACGGAUGUGCGGGAAUUACAGCAAAAGCCUGAGAGUGGAACUGAUGCUCGGAUGGAAUUCGAGCGAGGACUAGAGGAGCUGAUGCGUGGGCAUCUGGAUGAUUGUAUGUCGUUUACGUCGUGCAGCUCAGCUCGUAAUACGGAUGAUGAGGAUGAGGAGGGUGACCAGCUUGUGCGUAGAAGGAGAAGGUCUGAAAUUGAAGGGGAUGAUCUAGCAGAGACUUCUGCUGCUAGGAGAAGACACUCGAGGAUUUUGAGUAGGUGGGCGGCGAGGCAAGCACAAGAGAUGAUUACAACGAUUGAGAGGCGAAACCGAGAGUCAGAAUUAAUGGCUCUUGCAGGUUCACAUCCUGUUUCCAUGCUAGAUUAUUCCUUUUUAAGGGAAUCUCAGUAUCCGACUUCACGGAGGCAGGGAACUGUUGAAAGACCAACUACACGGGCUUCUGCUAUCUUGCAAAUGUGGAGAGAAUUGGAGGAUGAGCACGUGUUAAACCAUGCUAGAGAGCGGGUGAGGGAGAGGCUGAGGCAUGAGAGGAGCGUCGAUAGUAAUACUGAUGUCUCAACCUUAACAACGUCUGAAAGUGCAGGGGGUGAAAUCCAGGGUAGUGUGCAGGAUGCAAGUGAGAGUGAGCAUGAGUUCAGGGCUUGGUCUCGUGAUCAGAUGGAAACCCGCAAUGAACAAGGGGAUCAUAACCAUUCUAGCAGAGAGCAGUCUCCUGAUCUUGGUGAAGUUGAGAGUGAGAGGGUGAGGCAGAUUGUGCGUGGAUGGAUGGAUAGUGGGAUAGAUGAACAAUCUUCUGAUGCCACACGCAGGAAUAAUAAUCCCAGAGAACAAUGGCUUGGUGAGACCGAGCGUGAACGUGUGAGACUCGUGAGAGAGUGGGUGCAUAUGUCAAGUCAGCAAAGAACACGGGGAGGCCGGAGGGAAGAUCAACUAUCUGGGUUACGUGUCCAGGUUGAUCAUGAGGAAGGCCAGCAAGAGCACAUUCGGAGAGAUAUGUUGAGAUUACGUGGAAGGCAAGCUAUGGUCGACCUGCUUAUGAGGGUAGAACGUGAAAGACAGAGAGAGCUUCAGGGUUUAAUAGAGCAUCGGGCUGUUUCAGAUUUUGCUCAUCGUAAUCGUAUUCAGGCAUUACUCAGAGGUAGAUUUUUGAGAAGUGAAAGAAUAACUGAGGAUGAACGGCCAACAUCAGUUGCUGCGAGCGAAUUACUUCAGUUGAGGCAGCAGCACACUGUUUCUGGUUUGAGAGAUGGUAUCCGCUCUACAAUAGAAACUAUUGUACGUGGUCAAGCAAGCAGUAGCUCUGACUCUUCAUCUGGCGAUCCGGGAAGUGAUUUUCCGAAUGACCAGGCUCAACAUGGCAUAUUUAGCGGGAUUCAAGUUUGGAGUUCUGACCAACUGCAAUCCAGGAUUCAGGGUGAUGGGGUUGUUGAAUCUACAAAUAAUACCAUAAAUGUGCCCAUUGAACCUGCUGCCGAUAGCAUGACUGGAGAAGAAUAUGAUACGCAGAGGGGGGAUUGGCAGGAACAGGUCACAGGAGAUGACCAGAGGAACUUGCUGCAGUCAAACCUUGCGGAGCUUGAUCAAUGGAGUGAAAACCCGGAAGCGAAUAUGACUGGUGAUUGGUCGGAAACUUCAGGUAGUGCUUUGCGGCGGAAUGUUCAUGGUAAUGGUGGUGAAGAAGAGAGUAGCUUACCUGGUCAACAGGUUUGGCCUGACAAUGGUUCUCGGGCAACUUUGGGAAGUUGGCCUGGAAGGCCUUCUAAUCCUCUACGAGUUCGUCGUGGCAUUCCAAUUCGACGAGUCAAUAGAUUUCACCCUCCUGACGAUGAUAAUGUCUACAGUAUGGAGCUCCGUGAAUUGCUUGGCAGGAGGAGUGUCUCAACUCUUCUUCGUAGUGGGUUUCGUGAAAGUUUGGACCAACUGAUACAAUCUUAUGUGGAACGACAAGGUGCCCCGAUCGAGUGGGAUCUUCAAAGAAAUUUGCCUACGUCUACUGCAUCAUUGCGUGACCAGGAGUCUCAAGCAGAGGAACCAAUUGUCAGUAAUACGGUCAAUAGAACAUCUCCUGUUCUUUCAUCUCCACCAGUGCCACCCCCUCAACCGCUUUGGCAACAGCAUCUACAUCACGCUAACUGGUCUCGGCAUAGCAUGCAUCGGUCAGAGCUGGAGUGGGAGAUGAUGAAUGAUCUGCGAUCAGACGUUGCUAGGCUUCAGCAAGGUAUGAACCAUAUGCAGAGGAUGUUAGAAUCCUGCAUGGACAUGCAGGUGGAGUUGCAGCGUUCUGUUCGGCAAGAAGUUUCCGCUGCUCUGAAUCGAUUCACAGGGAGACAAGGUGCUGAGACCUCAGAGGACGGAUCCAGAUGGGGACAUGUGAGUAAAGGGACAUGUUGUAUAUGUUGUGACAACCACAUUGAUUCUCUAUUGUACAGAUGUGGCCACAUGUGCACUUGUUUAAAGUGUGCAAAUGAGCUGGUUCGUGGUGGAGGCAAAUGCCCAUUGUGCAGGGCACCCAUUGUCGAGGUCAUCCGAGCUUAUUCAAUACUGUAAAUAAUGAGUAUUUCUAAGGGGAAUGAAAAGGAUACAGAAAAAGAAUGUCCUAGUGGAGAACGAGUGAUUAACUGAUUAGUAUAGGUAGCCAUUCUUGCUUCACCCACUGGAUAGCUAGCUCUCAUGGGUUUACCCAUAUAGUGGCAUAUUUUUAGCUCAGUUUGCGGUGGAUAAUUGGGCUAACAUAUGGCUUCGAUCUGAUUCUGCAUUCCUCAAUAAAAUGUGGCCAAUUCUUUCUCA